AUGAAGCAAGCAAUUGGUACCGUUUGUUUGGUAUAUCUUUUCGGCUGUGCACUCGCCCAGAGCCAGUCGGAAUCGGAUAGUAAAAGAGGAUUUGCAUCUGGAAGAGUUGUCAACGGCACUACAGUGUCGAUUGAGGACUAUCCAUUUCUUGUGAGAUUGCGGUAUGCAGGCCGUUUCUUCUGUGGAGCUAGCGUUAUUACUUCAAAGCAUGCUCUAACUGCCGCUCACUGUUUAUUUUUCGAGCCAGAUGCUGCAGACUUGGAGUUGUUCGGUGGCAGUUCAGAUGCUAGCAACGGUACCACAUUUUCCGUCAGCAGUUACUCUAUUCACCCGCAGUUUAAAUACGAAAAUGCCAACAAUGAUGCGGCUAUAGUAACCAUCGUUGGUACGUUCGCCGAUCACCGUAAUAUUGCCGCUAUACCCCUGCAAACAACGGAGCUACGCUACUCAUCCAAUAAUCCUACCUGGUGCUUUGUGGCUGGCUGGGGAUACACUAAUGGAAAAGUAGUAUCUCCUUCACAAACCUUACAACUCGGAUGGACACCUUUGGUUUCGCAAUACAGUUGUCAACAAAUGUGGGGUCGUAGAGUAACUAUAACACCACAAAUGAUCUGUGCCAAGCUUCAAAACAUGACUUCAUGUAGAGGCGACAGUGGCGGACCGCUCGUGUGCAAUGGACAGUUGACUGGAAUCGUUUCGCUUGGUGAUUUGUACUGCACCGGAAGAUUGCCUUCAAUAUUUACAAGAGUGGACUCAAAUAGUGUUCGCGAAUUUAUUAGUAUUGUUACUGCUUCAACAGGCAACAUUUUCAAGGAGAACCACAUAGGUAGUUAA